GUUAUCUGGUGAUGUGUUGUGAUGAUAUGAUGACUACUAUACUGAGGAUACUGUUCGGGGGUAAAAGGAACGGAGGAGUACCAGACAACCCAACAACAACAACAAUAACAGGAGGAGUACCAGACAACCCCACCACCACACCAGACAACCCAACAACAACAAUUACACCUCUCAAAUCUACUCCACAAAAUCAGACCUACAGAAGUACGCUAGAAGAAGACCAGCAAACCACAGCACUCAGACACCGACACUACUGUCACUACGACACAGAGGACCACUAUAAUGGUAGGGAGAGGACAGGAUCUCUAGAUAGUUUGCCUCUUACUGAAGCCAGCUCCUCCUUUCACAGAACUUCCUCCUGGGACUUUAGUGAGGAGGAAACCGACCAAGAGGUGUUCGUUUUAAAUCAACAAUGAGGCAGGACGGCAACUGCAAACUGAUAAAAGAUAUUCAACAAUCACGAUUUGAAAAGAGGGAAGAAGACGCUGGUGAAUGAAGAUUGACCACGAACGAAAGAGGUACUUUCAAUAUCAGAAAAAACUCCGAGAAGAUCGGAGCAACUUUAUAACAGAAAAUAAUUUGACCAACUUUGGGCUCAUAUCUUGGAGAGUGACAAGUAUAUGAUAAUGAUACUUUUCUUUAGAAUUUGGAAUUGUUCGAAUCUUGACAACUUGUAUUAUUUAUAGAGUAAAA